AUGGCUGUCUUCAACCCAUUCGCUUUCUUGGCCUACAAGAAGUUCCCAACCCCACUCUUGAAGCCUUACUGGCCAUUCAUGCUUGGUAUGGCUGCCACCGCCGUCUUGAUCAACCAGGCUAAGGAAUUGUCCCAGGACUCCGACGAGUUCAUUAACCACCCAAAGCACCCAAGAUUUGCCAAGGGCGGUAAGGUCAUCGACCUUGAAAACAGAGAUUAA